UAUCACUUUGUGAAUGAGAGUAAGACCUGGACUGAAGCUCAGAGAUACUGCAGACAGAAUUACACUGAUCUGGCCACCAUUGAUAACAUGGAGGAAAUGAACAGACUGAUUAACACAGUUAAUGGGACUUACAAUGAUUCAGCCUGGAUUGGAGAGUAUGAUGAUGUGAACAGCUGGAGAUGGUCACUGGAAGACAAUGAUUUCUAUCAGGAAGGAGAGAGAGAUUUCAGGAACUGGUAUCAUGAACCGGACAACAGUGGGGGGAACCAGCUGUGUGUUUACAUGGAUUAUAAUGGUAACUGGUAUGAUAUGUCAUGUGACAACAUACUGCCAUUUGUUUGCUAUGAUGGUAGAGAGACCGCCACAGAGAGUUACAUCAUAAUCUAUAACUGGGAAACCUGGGCAGAGGCUCGUAGAUACUGCAGAGAUCAUUACACAGAUCUCGCCAAUGUGAGAAAUCAGACUGAGAACCAGAGGAUCCUUGAGACAGCAGGUAGAGGAGUCUGGAUAGGACUGUACAGAAACAGGAUUUGGUCAAACAGUCAGAAUACCAAUUAUCAAAACUGGAGGCCGCAAAUUCCUGGGUUACCGGCGCAACCAGAUAAUGUUAACUACGUUGAUGCAUAUGGAUAUCAGCACUGCACUGCAGUGUCAUUCAGAUAUUCAGGCCGAUGGACAGAUGAGAUCUGUGUAUCCAGCAUGCCUUUCUUCUGCUACAGCAGAACCUUCAAAGAUCCUAAAUUGUUAGGGUUAGUGUUCACUGGAAGACAAUGA